AUGGCGGUCGCGAUGGCAUCCAAGUUUAGUGAAGAUGGAAAAUACUUUGCACACAUUUCUACUGAUGGAAAAUUGAAAAUUUGGAAUACGAUAUCAAAUUCGUUCGAGCAAGAAUUCACACCGGAUUUCCAUUUAACGUCUCCUUGCACCUGUUUACAUUUUACUCAUUCAGAAUCACUCAAAUACAAGGGUGGAUCUCCAAAAAAGAAAAAGCGCAGGAACUCCGAAUCGAAUUCAGAUCCCAACAUAGUUCUAGGAACUUCUUCAGGUUUACUGUUGAUUUAUUCAAUUUCUCAAGCAAAUUCAGAAUAUACCAUAAAUAGUGAAACAAGUCAGCCAAUUAGUUGUUUGUCUUCUGUUGAUAAUAAUGUUAUAUAUUCUGGUGCUGAACAAAAUGUUUUUGUGUGGAACCUUGAAAAAAGGAGACUUACCAGUAAAUGGAAGGCUGGUAAUGAAAAAGUAUUUUCUAUCCUUGCAAUACCAGAUAGCAAACACAUAUUAACAGCAGCAAACAAUAUCAAACUCUGGGAUGUAGAUGCUAAAGAGGUGCUCAAGUCCUUUACUGGCCACAGUUCAGAAGUUAUAUUCCUUCAGUAUGUGGCUCCUAAAAACAAUAGUGAUGCUUAUUUCAUCUCAGGUUCCAAAGGUGACAGACUUCUCAACUGUUGGAGUUUGGGUGAACAGUCUAGGGAUAAAAAUGCAAUUGCUAGUUUCCUUAUGGAAGAUAUAGUACAGAAUAUAUCUGUAAAUAUAGCAAGUGAUGGUUCCACAAAUAUAGCUGCUACUGUAAGAAGUGGUGUUGUUCAUGUUUACAAACACACUCUUAAUGGUAAGUGUGGAAAACCUUUGAAACCAAAAACAACUGUGCAAGUGGUUACUGAUACUGGACAAACCAAUGAUGUUGUCUCUCCAAUCAGAAUUAUGGGUGCUAUCUACAGAGAUGAAGAAACACUCUGUAUAGGUCAUGGAACAGAUAUUCUACUUACUUUUGAGAAUCUGCUUAUCAGUUCUUAUAAGAAACUUCAGUGCCUCAUUCGAAAAGACCCUAGGGCUCCUGCAGUCUCAAAACAAGACAAAGAUACUAAAACCAUAACCCCAGUGGUGAAUGAUGAUGUCCAUUAUCUCACAUCCCAAAUUUCCCACACCAAAAGGAAAAAUGAUGGUAAAAUUGAAGUGCCUAUGGAGCAGAGGCUGGAAAACUUGACCUUGAAUAAAUCCGAGAGUAGUUCAAAAGUACCCAAGUCUGAUAAUGUUGCUCAGCUCUUGGUGCAAGGACUCCACAGCAAAGAUAAGAACAUACUCAGGACUGCUUUGUGCAAGAGAGAUGAACAGGUUGUCAGGAAUACUGUGAAGAGGUUGCCUGUCACUGUUUUUGUGCCCUUGGUGCAGGAGUUGAGUAGUUUUAUUCAGGGAAAAACCUUAUCGAGUCACAUAGGUUCUUUGUGGCUGAAGCACAUUUUACAAGUCCAUGCAGGUGUCCUCAUAUCCAAUCCAGAAUUGCCAGAAAUGUUGGGAUCCACACUGGGCAGCAUAGAAAACAGGCUGGCUUUAUUGACACCAUUGAACAGGCUAAAAGGCCGGUUGGACCUUUUGCUGCCGCAGGUCAGCGGGGGAAGUACCAAAGAGGCUCUUGAUAGUGAAGAGCCUCUGCUUGUUUACAAUGAUGAAGAAUCAAGUGAAUCAGAAGAGGAGGAUCUCAAAAUGGACUUCCAUUCUGAAAGUGAAAAUGAGUGGGAAGAAGAAAGUGAACAAGAGGAAAUAGAAGAAAAUAAUGUAGGUUCAGAUUCAGAUCAUUCAGAAAUGUCAUAA